AUCCAGUCAGUCUGUUCUGAUAGAAACAGUACAGCAGGAGAUCUCCAAGUUUACUGACUGUCAGGCAAUCACAGAUCUAAAAGACACAAUGACCAAAGCCAGGCUGUAUCAUAGUAAACUGCUCAGGCUGAGGAAAGAGAUGACAGACCUUCACGAGAAGUCUAAGAGACUAAAGAAACGAGCAUUGAAACUUCAGCAGCAGAAACAGAAAGAAGAGCUGACAAGGGCACAUAAUUUAGAGAAAGAACUUGAGAAAGAGAGAAUGCUGACAGCAAGAGUUGCCUCCAACCAUGAUUAG